AUGACGCCCUCAUCCACGGCGAAAGGCGGCGGCGCGGGGAAGAAAGCAUCCACAAACACCACCACCAAAACCACGGGCGAACAACAACGGAAGCGAAACCAAAACGUUUCGGACGCGAUGAACUCGGCGGCGCCGCCGACGUUAGCGCAACUCUUAACCGCGGCGGGCGUUCCGGUGAACCCGCUGGAUGGGUCCACGACGCAACAGCAGCUGUUGCAAUUUCAGCAACAGCAAAACGCGGCGGUGAAUUUCGCAGCGGCGGCGGCGUUGACCUUGUCAGGGGUCACGACGCAGUUGAAGUCGUUCGGGAACAACACGUCGGGAUUAGUAGGAGGUCCGGCGAAUAGCGGGGGGCAACCGGCGAGUCCGUCGUUUUGGAACCAGUUCUACGCGCAGCAAGCGUUGGUUGGGAGCAUUUACGGGCAGCAGCAGCAGUUGCAAGCGGCACAACAGGCGCUGUCCAACGGCGCGAACUUGAACAACGAGAGGUUGAGUUUUUUGAGCAACUUUUCCACCGGCAUGGGGGGAGGAGCGCAGCCGACGAUGUCAAACAGGACGCAAAGUAGCGGAGGCAACGCCAUUUUCGAUAACGAGGAUUUAAAAGAGUUGUUAAAGAUGGGUACGGCGGCGAGGACGCAGCAAUUGCAACAGCAAUUAUUCGGAGCCUCCGCGGGUAUCGGGGAGAUUAACAGCAACGACGCCGCGAAGAAGAGGAAAUUGUCCAACGUAAACACGAAGAAGAAAGCGGGGCAGAAUACUAAUAACAACAAAAACAACAAAAGGAAACAACCGGAUUCAGCCGGGUAUCAACAACCCGGCUCGAGAGGCAACUCUGCGUUUAGCCCGUUUGCAAACUCCGCCGGCGACGGCAACAACAUCUUCACGAGCAGCGAGUUGAGGAAAGUCGCCAGUUUGCAACAUCAGAAGAAGAAAAAACGGGGCGCCGACGGGAAGAAGAAUAGCAAAGACAACAGUAAAGACAACAAGAAGAACAGCAAAGACAACAAAGCGACGUCCCAGGAGAAGAAACCAGGAAGAGGAAAAGGGAAGAAACAAGAAGAGACGAACCAGAAAACCAUGCAAUUAGCCGACGCCGCGAUGAGCUUCGGCGGAGAACAGAUCAGCGACAUGAAGAACGACCGAAAGAUCUUAGCCGAGGUCAUGAAGUUACAAGAAGGGUACCUGAAAGAAACUCCGGAAGAGCGAGAAAAGAGAGAAAAAGACGACGCGGCGAAGAAAAUGAAACAGUUGAGCACGAGAGGGCACACCGCGCGAGCGACGGAGAAAGAAGAGCUGUAUAAAUCCAUCGUCGAUGUGGACGGAAACUUGUUGAAGCCGGACGUGUUGGAGCGCUUCGAAGCGAAUGCGAACAAAAUGACGCAACUGAACAAAGAACACGAAGAGGAAAGAAAGAAAGCGGGAUUGGGAGGAAUGAAAAACGAUGGUGCCGUUACGGAUUUAGCGCAAGCCGCCGCGCAGAAAAUCACCGGCGCCUCCGACGACGUCAUGGCAAAAGUCCGAGGUAUUUUAGAAGAGGAACUUUCCGACGCGGAGACGGAUAUCGCGGAAGGCGACGAGACUGGGGAGUUGGACAGCCAAGCGGCCAAGGUGAAAAACGACGACGCGGGGACAGAGGAAAAGAAGUCCGGGGCAUCAUCAGAUAAAGUCCCCGGUAAAGAUAUCAAAGUUCGCUCGCGAUCGUGGUCGCAAGAAGAAGACGAUCUCGUCCAAGUUUUAGUUUCCCAAGUCGGUCCGAAGAAGUGGGCGUUAAUCGCCGGUCAGCUUUCCGGGAAGACGCAAAAACAAGCCUACGCGCGUUGGAGAGAUUACUUACAACCCGGUUUAACCUCACGUCCGUGGACGAGGUGGGAGGAGACGCAUCUCUUGGAUUGCCAAGCGCACAUCGGCAAUCAGUGGGCCAUCUUAGCCAGAUUCAUGCCCGGACGCUCGCCAAACGCCAUAAAAAACAGAUUCCACGCGACGAAACGAAAAAUGGAGCGCAACGUCGGCGCGUUUACGAACGAAAAGGGCGACUUUACCAAACUCACUCCGGCUUUAACGAGCGACAAGGAGUUAAUUAAGAAGGUGGUCGCGGAAACAAAAGCUGCUUCAAAAAAGGCAUCGCAAACGCGCAGUUAA